AUCUACAACAAACAACUACUUCCUAAAAUAAUUAAAAGAAAUUAAAAGCAACAUUAAAACUUCAUCUACUUUCCUCUAUUAAAGCUUCCUUUAACUUCGUUUACUUCAUAAACUUCAUCUCCUUCAUCUUUUCUCUAACUCUUCUCUGUAUGGAUUCUCAUCAAAGCCAGUCUUCUGGCUUUGUACACCUACUAAACAGUCAACUACCUAACAAUGAAUACCCAACUCCGUUUAUGAGUUCUUUACCAAGUCCAGACCUUGGAGGUUCUGCUUCACGUGCACAAAAUGGUGAGGACCGUAAGCAAAGGUGCAAGUGGUCAACAGCUGAAGACCUGGUCCUCAUCAGUGCAUGGUUGAACACCUCCAAGGAUCCACUAGUUGGAAAUGAGCAAAGAGCAGGAACCUGUUGGAAGAGGAUUACCGCUUAUUAUAAUGCAAGUCCCAAGGUGGUUGGUUUGGCUAAGAGAGAGCAAAGCCACUCACUACAAGAAAUAUAAGUAUUGAUAGCACAUCACGGUAGCACGAAUUCACAAACUGCUACUAAAAAUGGGUAGUUUGGAUGUUUAACUCUAUUAUAGCAUUAAAUCAACGCUACUUAGUAUUUUGCAGGAUUUUUACGAAGCGGUAAGACAAAAAUCCAAUUUUUAUACUUGUAAAAUUCAUUGGUGCCAAAUACUUAGUGAAAAUAUCACUUUUGCCACCAAAAUAUUUUGUUUUAGUAGAACUAUUUUUUUUCUCUAGGUCUUUUCAUUUUUUUUUUCUUCAGAAGAAAAAAACCUCAAUUCUCUAUUUUAUCUUCUUCUCCAUUCGUGACAAAAAAGAAUAAACUUCUCUCCAUUGUUUCAAUCGAGCUUCUUCAUCAUCCAUCUUCAUCUAUUAUGGGUCAUCUGUUUCUCUAAGUUUCCCUUUAAUCGAUUUACUGAAAUCGAAUCAGUGAAACUAAAUCUAGGGAUUGAAGAGUAUUAACGGAGGAGGAGACGGAGCCACGGCGGAGAUGCUGAUGGAGUUUCAGUGACGGUAACAUCGGCUGCCUUUCUGCAAGCCUGGUAACAUCUCUUUUAUGUUUAUAAGCUAAAGCUUGAAUCUUUGAGGCUUUCCAUAGUUUUUCUCCCUUAGAUUUGGUCUCACAUUUUCUUUUAGCUACUCUGUUUCUUUUGUAGAAGAAGCAGACAUUUCUGGUGCUUCUGGUUCCAAGGAGAUUUUCUAGGGUUUGUGAUUUCUGAUCUUUGUUUCCAGAGCAACCCGAGUUUGAAGAUGGUUUUGACGAUGAGAUUAAGGAAAUCGUUGUGAAGUUUAAUUUCAGGUAUGCAUGUUUAUUUCUUCUUUCUUCGAGAGUGCAUUCUCAUACACAAGACCUGUUGCUGUUUGGUGAGUUACUUGCAUCUGAGGAGCUUGUCUUGUGUCUGAAUCGCCUUUUGCUGUGACUGGACUGUAUUGAAACUGCAGUUUGAUAGCUUGUGAUGACUGAACCCAUCUUAAAGGCUGCUAGGUAUUGAUUCAGUUGGAAUGGUGUAGAGCCUGAUGAGUGACGAAGCUUCAAGGGUUGCGAGUGCCAGAGUACAUAGUGACGAAGCUUCAAGGGUUGCGAGUGCCAGAGUACAGAAAAUGGAAUCCUUGCUCCAGAGCAUCUUCACUGCCGGGUCUCGGUGUCGGGCUGAGAUUGCGAAGGCUGCGACCGUGCAUUCGGAUUCUUAUCGUCAUCCUCUCGGUUUGUCCUGACUUCAAAUGUACUUGAGAAGAAGAACACGUUGGGGAUUGUAUGAUCACUUUCUUCUUUGUGAUUGCUUCUAGUGUUGUUGUAUUGGCAGUGCGUUAGUCUCAAAGCAACUUUCCAUGAGAGGAAGACCACAAAGACUUGCAUUCACUUCAAAGAAUGAUUUAGGUUUCUUUGAUUUUAAUUUUGAUAUGUUAAAGCUUGUUGAGACAUUGGUUCGUAGAUGAAGUUCCUAGACUUAGCAAAUGAAAUAAUUUAUGUUUUGAAAAAUUAAUGAAAUAUAAUUUCUUAUAUAUAGAUCAAAUUGCAAUGUUUUGAUUUACAUUUUGCACUACAAUUUAUGUGACAAUUAACAUUUCAACAAUAAUAAAUUUGAAGAAAAAAAAGAAUUUUUUAUUUCAAAUUCUAUACCCUAAACAUGCCCUAAAUCCUAAAUUGUUAAUAUUUCAUCAUAAAAUCCUAAGAUAGCACAACUAGUAAUAUGAUAAAAAGAAAAUCUAAUACAGAUAAUAAAUUAGAAAAAAAAAAAAAUUCACCUCAUCUAAACCCUAAACAUGCCUUAAAUUUCAACAUCCAACACUUAUAGUAGAUUUCAAAAUGAACAUUUGUAAUUAUCAAACUUUAAAAAAUUAUAACUUUAUAACUUUAUAAUUUAUUUUUUUAAUCUUGAUUAUAAAAUUUAACUCCAAAACACUAAGUAUGUUUUAACCCCUAAACUCAAAACAUAACUAAAACUCUAAUUUGUGUUACAAAAAAAAAAUUAAAACUCUAUUUUUUUCAGACCAUAACCUAUAAUAUUAAAAUUAAACUUAAAAUUUAGUCUUUUAUUGUUAAGUUAUAACUUACAAACAUAAACCUUAAAUCUUCAAUCAAACUCCAUACCCUAAACCCUAACUCCUAAUAUAAACCAUAUUUCCACUUAAUAAAAACCUGAAAUCUAAAUUUUAAUUCUUUAAAAGAAAAAACUUUAUACAAGUGUGUUAUAGUAAAAAAAAAAGAAAUGUUAUAGAAACUAAAAAGUUAAAUAAAUAAAUAACAAAACACAAUUGACAAAAAAAAAAAAAUAACAAAACACAAACAACAUAAAUGUUUUUUUGGUUAAUAAACACACAAAGGGACUGAAAAUAUGAACCACUAAUACAAAAGUGCGCGGAUCACCAUCUUAACCGUUGAUAUACUUUAAUCCAAUGGUCAGAUUUAACCCUUUUGUGUUUAUUCUCUUGUCCCUCUCUCUCCUCUGUCGUAACUUUUUCUCCUCUAUCUCCCAGUUUUUUUUUAUUCUUCCUCUGUCAACCUCUACCACCGAUUUUCCUGAUUUCUUCCAUCUUCAUCCUCUUAUCUCACUGAUUUCUCUUUUCCAUCUCUCUCCCCUGUCGAACUCAUGAAUUUUGUGGCUUUUGUUUAGGGGUUUCACUAAGCUUAACAAAGCAGACUUUACUAAGUUGAGGCAAGAGAAGCGUGUUGCUCCUACGUCCAUCUUCUCCGACUCCCUCUUUCUCUCUCCCACGGCUCCAUGUCUCUCCAUCUCCAUACUGGCUAUGUCAAUGGUAGAAGAAUUGAACGUGUGAAGAAGAACCAGAGGAGGUAUGCGACUGGCGUAAGCGAAUAGAGGUUGUGGAGGCUGGAGUAAGAGAACAAAGGCUUGAGGCGGAUGCUCUAGAGGCUGGAGGCGCUGCAUGCGGAGGCUGGAGGCGGACGCUCUGGUAGCGGCGGCUUAUGUUUAGGUUAAGCUUAAUUAUGUUUUGGUUAGUUAAUUAGUUUUAAACCCGGUUUGUAUGUAAACUGGUUUAAUUUAUAAACUGAAAACAUUUGUAAUCUUCUGGUUUAAUUUGUAAACCGAAAUCAGGUGUAAACCAAAUUUUUAAUAUCAACCGAAAUCAUUUGCAAACCGGUUUAAUUUAUAUAUCGAAAUCAGUUGUAAACCAAAAUUUAAUAUUUAAUAAUAAUAAUAAUAAUAAUAAUCAAUUUUAUUUUUUUUAAUUUUCAGCAAACGAUUUUAAUUUUCAUAGCAUUGAAAAUAUGUCAAUAUAAAUUAUGCCAUGGCAAAAUAAAAACGCGAUAGAAAAUAAUGUCCUAGCUAAAACAAAGUGCUAUUAAAAUAGUUUAAUAUAGUACUGGGUAAACGCUAUAGCAUCUUUAUUUUUUAUAGCACACGAAAAUACGCUACGAUAGAGGAAGGAUCUACCAUAGCUGCGGCUGUCACGGCGUUCUUCGAAACGCUACGAAAACGAUAUGGUUGCACAUUCUCGACGCUAUUAAUGCCGAUAUUUCUUGUAAUGACUGUAAGCAAAGGUGGGGGAAGAUAAAUGAGGGUGUCUGUAAGUUCGUGGGUUCACAUGACGCUGCAACAAAACAGAGGACCAGUGGCCAGAGUGAAGAUGAUGUUCUGAAGGCUGCACAUGAAAUUUUCUUUAUUACAAGGUGAAGUUCUCGUUGGAGCAUGCCUGAAGGGAGCUUAGGAAUGAUCAGAAAUGGUGUGGGACUUAUGGAAGUAGUUAACAAAGCUCUGGUUCAAAAAAAAAGAGGGUGGGGGAAGAACAAUCUUUUCGGUCAUCAGCAUCUAUGCCCAGUGUCAAUGGAGAGGAUGAACCAAUGGCUAGGCCUAUGGGUGUUAAGGCAGCAAAGGCGAAGGCUAAAAGGCCAGUGGGAGAAGAAGGGAAGAAUCUGCAAGAGUUGCGGCAAAUGUGAGAGAUAAAGGCGAAGGAAUUAAUUAUGAAGGAUAAUCUUAGCAAGACCAAACUGCUUGACAGUUUGCUUGCAAAAACAGAGCCACUUAGUGAAUUAGAAGUUGCGCUUAAGAACAAACUGAUUACUGAAAUGUUGUCAAUGUAAUCCUUUAGAAUAUAAGUAAAUCAAUGUUAGUCAAUUAGUAGUCUUUGUGAUAAAUGUUAUCAAUCUUGCUUAGAAAUAUAAGUUGAUGUGUAAUAUAAUAAUCUUUGUGAUCAAUGUUAUCAGUCUUUUAAAUAUAAGUUGAUGGUUUUACUUUUUAGCUUUUCAGGGGAACAGAAACCGAAAUGGAAGCAAGAAAACCGAUUGUUUGUGGCCUCUCAGCAAGAGGAAUCAUACCGCCUCUCCCACAAGAAGAUACAGAUGAUGAUGUUGCAGAUAUCACACCAACUGAAGUUGAAAUGGUGGAGAUAUCAGAUGAAGAAGAAGAAGAUAUGGUGGAGUUGAGCUUUGAAGAAUACAGGAGAAACAUGGGGUACUUGAUUAGGGUGGAGGAAUCAGUUGAGGACAUCGAACCUGAGUUCAGAAGGAUGCUGAAAAGGAUGGAACAGGAAGAGAAGAAGCUGAGAGAGGAGAAGUUCAAGGUACUGAACUCGGGAAUCAAGCUAGAAGUAGGCCAAUCUUCUAAGGGUGAUGGUAAGAAGAGGAAGGUCACGGACAGGCUCCUGUAUGUUGUAUUUUGGUUCUUGCAGGUCACAAGACUCAUGUAUGAUGUGUAGUCAUGAGGAUUGUAUGUCAUGCAUUUUGUAUGUUUGUGUAGUCACCAGUCACGAGACUCUUGGAUUAUUUUGUAGUCAUGCAUUUUGUAUGUUUGUGUAGUCACGAGAGUUGAUAGUUUUGUAUUAUUGGUAUGGUAGUCUUGUACUUUUGGUUCUCUUGUUCUAUAAAUUAAGAACUAAUUCUCAUUCUACAACACAACUCUUCUUCUCUCAUUCAAGAAACACAACUCGUAUUCUCUCAUUCAAGAAACACAACUCUGCUUCUCUCAUUUAAGAAACACAAACUCUUCUUCUCUCCUUUUUUAUAUUCUCAGUUUGAAUCCGUCACAUUUUUCAAAUUACGCUUGUUCUCCCUUUCUCUAUUCUCAUUUCAAACAAUUCUUGUUCCAAACGUUUCACAAAAAAAAAAAAAAAUUCUCUUUCCAUAUGGCAUCUUCUUCACAAAAUCCUUUCGAGGGAUUGGACGAUGAAAAAUUGGACGAAAAAAUUGAUCAAUAUUUUGAUCAACAUUUCGAUCAAAAUUUUGAUCAACAUUUCGAUCAAAAUUUUGAUCAACAUUUUGAGCAAAGUUUCGAGAAUUUUACCAUUAAUUAUGGUAAUCAUGAAGAAGAAAAGAAAAAAAGAAAGAAAACGAGCUUACAUCGAAAGAAAUCGUGAAGAAGGCGAUAUACGUUUAUGGAAUGAUUAUUUCAGUGAAACUCCAACAUAUCCUGAUAAUCUAUUCCAACGACGUUUUAGGAUGAACAAGCCAUUGUUCAUGCAUAUUGUUGAUCGACUCUCCAAUGAAGUUGAAUUCUUUCGACAAAAGAAAGAUGCUCUCGGAAGGCUUAGUCUCUCUCCUCUUCAAAAGUGUACUGCUGCCAUUCGUUGUUUGGCAUAUGGUACUGCGGCUGAUACGGUUGACGAAUACCUCAGACUCGGUUCAUCUACAACUCGGUCAUGUUUGGAAAUUUUUUUGGAUGGAAUAAUAUAUUUAUUCGGCGAUCAGUACCUAAGAAGACCAACACCGGCUGAUCUUCAACGUCUACUUCAUAUUGGUGAGCAUCGUGGAUUUCCCGGGAUGAUAGGAAGCAUCGAUUGUAUGCAUUGGGAGUGGAAGAAUUGUCCCACCGCUUGGAAAUGUCAAUAUUCACGGGGUUCGGGAAAACCCAUAAUCGUUUUAGAGGCGGUUGCAUCGUAUGAUCUAUGGAUAUGGCAUGCAUUUUUUGGACCUCCAGGUACCUUGAAUGAUAUCAAUGUUCUUGAUCGCUCAACUGUUUUUGAUGACAUAAUAAAAGGUCAAGCUCCGCAAGUCACCUUCUCUGUCAAUGGAAGAGAGUAUCAUAUGGCUUACUAUCUCACCGACGGUAUUUAUCCGAAAUGGGCAACUUUUAUCCAAUCAAUUUCAAUACCACAAGGGCCGAAAGUGGUUUUAUUUGCGCAACGUCAAGAAGCUGUCCGAAAAGAUGUCGAACGUGCUUUUGGAGUCUUGCAAGCUCGCUUUGCCAUUGUUAAAAAUCCAGUACUUUUUUGGGAUAAAGUCAAAAUUGGGAAGAUUAUGAGAGCAUGUAUCAUACUCCAUAACAUGAUAGUAGAAGACGAACGAGAUGGAUACACUCAAUAUGAUGUUUCAGAGUUCCAACCAGGAGAAGACACCGGAAGUUCACAUGUGGAUCUCACGUUCUCUACAGAUAUCCCUACAAAUAUCGGCAAUAUGAUGGCUGCUCGAACUAGAAUUCGUGAUAAACAAAUGCAUCAACAACUGAAAGCUGAUUUGGUUGAACAUGUAUGGCGUAAAUUCGGACGUGGUGAGGACAACAACUGAGUCGGAUGUUUCUUUCAAAUUAUUCUCGUUUAUUUUACUAAUCUUUCUUUUGAUGUUCUUUUUAAAAAUUAAUGUUUUAAUAUGUUUAUUUUAAUAUGUUUAAUUUAAAAAAUAAAUUUUAUCUUUAAAAAAUUUAAGUUAAAUAAUUUUUUUUUCUUAAAAACCCCUAAUUAAAAACCUACCAUUGGAGCUAACAAAAUAGAUGUCUCUUAAGAUCAAACUCUUAACUAUGAUUAAUUACUAAAAAAUUAUUAAGAGACCACCUUUGGCUCUAAGGGUUAAACAUGCUCUGACGAUAUAAGAUUCUGUUCUCUACAUUAGUAAAAAAAAACCCUGUUCGAAAAUAUUAUAUAACGCUUGUUUUCGCCCGCGUUUACGUGACACGAGUGUGGGCUGUGGUGAAUAAGACCAACUCGUCUCUGUUACACUGCCCCGAGUGGAGCGUGGAAAUGGUUUACGCGGCGCGUUUUGUAUGUAAAACGUUGAGUUUAAAAACUUUUUUCUACGCGGGUUUACAAGUUUUUGGUCCAAAAUUGUUUUGGCCAAAUUCACUAAAAGUCUUUCUUAGUGAUGCCUGUUAUAUGAAUACAUGCUUUCUUAGUUCAAGGUAAUUAAGAACAAAUUUAUGUAAGAAUGUUAUUGUACUAUAAUGGGGACAACUAAUAUUUGUAAAAAUAAUAAAAACAUAAAUCAAAAUUACAAUAUUGAAAUAAACUGAUAAAGAAGAAUUGCAGAACCGAAAGGGUUAAUCUAUUUCAUUAAAUUUUUAAACGCUCUGUAGUGUGACGGUUUCAUAGCGCUCAGAUUCCAAUGAUACAUAUGCAUGUUUCUGUUUACCAUCACCGAAAACACAUAAUCUGUCGAACCUAACUUUAUGUUGUACUCUCGGACACAAAAUAAAUAAAAAAUACUAACAUGACUAUUCAAAGUACGAGAAUGUGAGUUUUCUUUUGGUGUGAAUGUGUAUUUUCUAUAAUGCUAACAAACCCUUUUAUAGAAAAAUAAUGAGAAGCACAAGUUUCAUUUUUCAACACAACAAUGAAACUCCUCCAUGGUGCACUAAUGAAGUUUUUAAUUCUUGUCAGUUAUUAUGUGAAUUUAUUCCACAUUUUGACCAAGAAAUUAAAUAAUAAAUUAUUAUUGUUUGACCAAUUCAAACUAAAUAAUAUACUUUAAAAUAUAUUUCUUUUUUAUAUUUAUCAAUAUAAAAAAUCAACAUAUAUUUGGUUCAUAACAUGAAAUCCUGUGAGAUAACAAACUAAGUCUCACAUUGGAGAAUUAGAAAAGGAGUGUCUAAUAUAUAAAGAGAUGUUCAACUCUAAUUAGUACGAGGCCUUUUGGGAAUGAAUCCAAAAGUAAAAUCAUGCGGGCUUGCCUGAGGCCCAAAGUGGACAAUAUCGUACUAAUCAGAUAAUAU